AAUGUCACCGCUGUGCAUAUGGGCAGGGUGUGCAGGAAAUAAGUCACGAAAGACAACAUCUGAAAUAGGAAGAGAGAUCACAGAUCUCUUCCUAUAUGGUGGCGGUGCAAGGUUAGUUUCUUACUUCCUCGGUUUACCGGAGCAUUGCAAGCUGAGAUAAUUAAUCCUUUCUUUUGACAAUAUUAACAAUGCAAGAUACUCUGUUGAGAGUGUUUGUGGUGGCUCUGGGUCUCCUUACGUAUCCAAGGGACGACCCAGGGGUUGAGCAAUGGGACGAUAUCACCACAGUGGGCAUGGAAAAGCAUGAAGAGAGGCUGCUGAGAGGAGAGGAACUGGGUGACGAAAUAGCACCUGUCAGCGAGGAAAUGAUGCAUACUGACAGUAGAGGGCCUUAUCGGGAUGACUCGAGAAACAUUCAGUCUGAGAAACACACUGAAGAAGAUCUAAUGUCAGUCUUAGAAGAUAUUACUGUCAUCAAACAUGAUUCUGAAGACGCUACUGAUCGCAACUCACCAGAAGCAGAUUUGGAUCCAAAUCAGCCUCAAAACUCUAAAAGUGAAUCUGACCCUGCUCUGAAGACUUCACAAAUUGACCAUGAGCAAAAUGGAAAUCUACAGCUGGACAAGAAGAGAAAACAGGGAGAAGAAGUCCAGACUGAUGGCUUUUUUACAGACCAAAGCAGACCACAAGGGCAACAAGAAAAGCCUGAAGAGAAGGGAGUGUUUAACUCCAAAGAACAAGAAUCACCUCUAUCACACCUUCACACCGUGACAUCACUAAAUUCAGAGGCCAUUGCUGACUGGGAGGGGGACUAUCUCUGGUACAUAUGGAACACAGUCUCCAUCAUUUCCCUGAUUCGCUUCUUUAGGAAAUACCUAGGGAAAUUUUCCCAAAUUAAACAAGGAGAAGCAUUGGCCUUCCCGGUGACCUGCACCACUGCUGAAAUGCCACUGCCAGACAGCGAAACUCUGCAGCGAUUUCAUUCUAAAUGUAUUCAAGUCUCAUCCGAAAAUAAGUGGAAUGAGUUUUUGGAGGGGUUUGCAAAGGAUCUAUUGGACGCGAUGAGGACUGUCUGUGAUGGAAAUAAUGGUAUGGUGAUUGAGGACUAUCAGAUAGUGGAUGUGUGCAAUAUCAUUGUCCCCUUUACCCCACCUGAUACCUAUAGUUUCCAGUGUCUGCUUUGGAACAAUCCGGUAAGUGACCUGCAUCCAGACAUGCAAGCCUGUGGUCAAAUCCAACUGAUAAAAAAUAAAAUCCAAAAUGGCUGCCCCUGCCAGUCUUCCAAUUCAGAUGAUAUGGUGUGCUUGCUGCAUUGUGAGACUGAGGAUGUUAAGAUGAAAAUGACUGAGGGUUGUGCCAGCCUUCUUUGCAUGAAGAACUCCCACUUCCUGUCAAAAGCACAGGUCACUAGAUGGUUUCAGAACACCAUCAAACAAGCAUGGGGACAAAUUUCACACAAGUAUGAGUUUGAGCUUAACAUCCGCUACAUUGGUGCUCCAGGAGCUUUGAUAGUUAGAUUCCGAUCAGGGAAGAAGAUCAGCUUUAGUAUGAAUCCUGUGGUUAAAGUCAACACUAAUGCUCAUUUUUUCAUUAAUGAUAACUCCCCAAACUUUGAUACUUCCUGGACACUCUCCCUGAUCGGCUUUGAAGACCGUUUUUUAGAACACAUCUCUAAACUUAUACCUGCAAACUCAUGCCACCGUCAAACUCUUGAAAUUGCACAUUUCCUCCACAGGCGACAGACAGCACUGUCAGGAAGUAGUGCUCUGGAGGAUUUGCAUUUCAAAGUUGCGCUAAUGCAUCUGCUUUUGACCAAAGACCCAGCGCAGUGGAAACCCAGCAACCUGGCUUGUAGGCUUCGAGAUUUAUUUGCCUUCAUGGAGAAGAGCCUUAAGAAAAAGCAGCUGCACCAUGUUCUUAUUGGGAAUCCUUUAAGUCAGAGGGUUAUUCAACUUCCUGCUGAAUUUACUAAUGCAGAUACUGUGAAUCUCUUCCAUCCCCUUGUGGUACACAACUGUCUCUACAGAAAUGCAGUGCUGCAUUUCAAGGAAAUCCUUAGUAAUGCACACAUGUUGAUACAGGAUUAUGUUGAAGUGUAAGACAAUUGCUCCUUUUAAAAAAAAAAAAAAAUUAAACAUUGAAAUCAUGUACAAGAGAUUUUAUUUAAAAAAAAAAAAUCCACAUUUCCUUUAGUCCUCCCCCCAGUUCUGUAGGAAGUCUGUAUGCUCUGCCUUGUUGAAGUCAUCCACAAGGACGUCUGCAUCAGAGAAUUUCAUGCGAGGGUAAAUCUUGUCAUGCCCAUCCUUGUCGCUCAAGUCAAUGGUCCAAGAGUUACUUGUGAUCAUAUUCUUAGCUGUUGAAAGACGACAAGAUUAAAUUUAAACCUUUCCAGAAGGGUAGCUUUAAAGUAAAAUCAUUCAGCUUUUGCCUUGUCAAGGUAUAAGCAAGACUACACGAUAGCUGUAAGUAACUCUUUAUGUAUUGACAUUUAAGUUAAGGAUCAUGUGUAAAGUCAUAUUGCAAACUAAUUUUGGCCAAAAUUAUUCACUGUCAUGAUGCAUAAAUUUACCUUUAGACUUUAUUGAGUGACAGGUUGAUUUACAGCAGGUGCAAACAGAGUCACUGCCGUACAGCUCCUUCCACCU